GUAAAGGCGUAAAGCCCAUCUUCUGUUGUGUUCAUCUUGCUCGUUCCUCCUCUCGCAGUCGCAGGUCGCGUCGGGACGGCGGCACCUCGAUCUCCUCUCUCUCCUGGUCGCGCCCGGCGCCUCUCUCCUCCUAUUCGCCGUGCUAAUCGAAGACCGGCGACUGCUGCACUUUCUCCCGCGGGCCUCGCUGCCGCUCCACACCCUUUCCCUCGGUUUAUCGCCUCCGCGCCGCGUCGUUCUGCCCACGCCCCACCUGCCUGCCUGGCUGCCGUUCUCUCUUCGUAGCCUGCGUGGCCUUGCCCCUUCGCCUCUGUGCGGCUUCCCGUCUCAACCCCCGCUCUGCCGGAGUGGUCCCGCGCCCUCCACCAGAUCUUCGCCUCUGUGCCUCUACUGGAUUGGCCUGGACAUCGCUGUAAAAGCUGGGCGGAUAUUAGGCACCACGAAGAUGUCCAUGCCAUCAUCUCGCCAAGCUAUGGGAGAAAUCAACAUCGAGGCGAUGGCACGCCCAGUCUCCGUCGACCACCGCAUCAGCAUCGCCUACUAUUUCCGCAUCGCCGACAACCUCCUCCGCCAGGCCAACAUAUAUAGGGAGGAGAAGAAUCUCGUAGACCUUUACAUCAUCCUUCUGAGAUACUCGAGUUUGCUGUGUGAGACUAUCCCAAAACAUCGUGAUUAUCAUGCAUUCAAGCUACGAGAAAAGGAAUUCUUGAAGAAAGGCCCACACAAUUCUGAUAAACUCUUGAAUGUUGUUAAUGAGCUUGAGACUCUGAAGCCAGUUGUGCUACGGCAAAUUGCUGACCUUAAUAGAGGGGUCACACAAGAACCUAAUAGUCAAAGUGGAACCUCUGCUGCAAUUAGUCAGAUGGAUCAUCUUACCCAAAGUUCAUGUUUCACACAGCCAUUGGUUGGAAGCCCUACAGGAUUAUUGAAGAUGCCAUUCUCUGGAGGGAAGCAUCAAGUGGAACCAACACAAAGUGGCAGACCUGAUAGUCAGCUUGUCAAAUCAUAUGGCAAUCUGCCUUAUCCUAAAGAAGAAACUCUAUCCAGACAUUCGGUACUGGGGCCUAAUGGGCUUCAUGGCAAAUGGACGGCACCUGUUACUGGUAUCAGGAUCCAAUAUCCAAGUAAUGCUGAACUAACCAAAAGUGAUGUCUCUAGUUUAGUACCAUCAAUCUUGAACCAAGACCUCUUAUAUGGUCCUAGUAGAUCACAAGAUUUUCCAACAAAUAAAAAUGAGGAUAUGCAAUCUGUUUUGUCCCUAGACGAUGGCCAAUUGUCUUUACCAGUAGAGGAGGCAACCUCUGUGUCUCCUGGUUUUGAAGAAGAAUUUUCCCAGUUGAAUAUCAGGCAACCUUCUCCCCCACCUGUCAUGGCACAAGUACAUCCACAGCAUAGGGCAAUUUCUACAUCAACAGUUGCUGAUCUGGGGCCAGGAAUUGCUAGUUCUAGCACUGGACGCUAUCAGAAUUUGCAUGUGCCGGUGACAUUAAUGGAGUGUUUUCUGAGGGUUGCUGAGGCAAACACUGCAAAUAAUCUGGAAACAUGUGGUAUUCUUGCUGGUACUCUGAAAAAGAGAACUUUUUAUGUGACAACACUGAUAAUUCCUAAGCAGAGAUCAACAUCUGAUUCAUGUCAAGCUACAAAUGAAGAAGAAAUAUUUGAAGUUCAGGACAAAGGCUCACUUUUCACUCUUGGUUGGAUUCAUACACAUCCAACACAGACCUGCUUCCUAUCUUCCAUUGAUCUUCAUAAUCACUAUUCAUACCAGGUCAUGCUUCCUGAAGCAAUUGCAAUAGUUAUGGCACCUACUGAUACAACAAGAAAGCAUGGUAUAUUUCAUCUGACGGAUCCAGGUGGUAUGGGUGUGAUACAUGAUUGUCAAGAGAGUGGAUUUCAUCCUCAUGAGGAGCCUCUCGACGGUACCUCUAUCUAUGAGCAUUGCUCCCAUGUGUACAUGAACCCAAACGUGAAAUUUGAUAUGGUGGAUCUCCGUGAACUGUGAAGCUUGAUUCCGUUUGGGGAAGUUGUUCACUUUUGACCUUUUUCUGACAAAUACAUGCCGCUGAGCUUAUUUAUUUGCUACGUUGGAAGGCCUGUUAAUUUGAUGUAAGCGUUUGUAAAUAGCUAGGCCAUUCAAUUUCCGUGCAUAGGGAUCUUGUUUUGGACCAAUGCUAGUUCUGGUUAUGGAGAGUGGCAUCACGAAUGUAAUAUCAUACAUUUAACUGGCCCUUUUUAUACCCUACAGCAGAAUAAGUAUCCUACAGCAAUUCAAGUUCUAA